GAAGUGGUGGUGAAAACACGCUUAGGCGAAAUUCUCUAGGCGAGUACUGACUCCCAGCAGCGCUUAGUUAGUUCGUUUGAGAUCUCCCAACCUUAGUUUUAAAAUCAGUAAUCAUGCAGUCAAUGAUUAUCCUUGCCGCUUCCCUCUGCCUCGCGCAAGCAUCUUACUACGCGGGUCCCCCAGCGCACAUAGCACUCAGCCCUGAUGGCAAAUAUGUGCUCGACACACCAGAAGUAGCGCACGCAAAGGCCGCCCAUUUAGCUGCGCACGCGCAAGCAUCCACCUCACAUGGCGCCUGGGCACCCGCCGGCGGCGCUUACCUUGCCGGACCUGCGUACGGCGCUGGCGGACACUACGGUGCUCCUGCUGCUGGUCUUCUUAAAUACGGCCCCGCUCCCCUAGCACACGACGGUCGCGUCAUCGACACCCCCGAGGUCGCCCACCUGAAGGCCGCUCACAUCUCUGCUCACUCCGCGGCGGCAGCCAAGGCCGCUCACGGUGGAUACGCUGGCAUCGGCGCUGGUCACGGCGCUGGUCUAGGCGCUGGCUACGGUGCCGCUGCCUACGGCGCUGGCGCUGGCUACGGUGCUGGCUACGGAGCCGGAUACGCGGGAGGUUACGGCAAAUGGACCGGUCCCCAGGCCCACAUCCAACUCACUCACGACGGACAAUAUGUCGUGGACACGCCUGAGGUACAGCACGCCCGCGCUGCUCACUUCGCGCAAUUCGCUCACGCCGCACAAGCCGCCGCCUCCGCGCCCGAAGAGCCUUGGGAUGCCCACUCCAACGGCGCCCACGGUUGGCACUAAGAUCUACCUCCGAUUCGGCCCCCGCACUGCCUGAAACUAUUUUUUUUAUACAAAAGUGAAUAAAAAACCAAAAAAAAAAAAUGUUAAGCUGUAUAAAGUUGAAUGACCGAUGUGUAUAGCUAUGCUAG